AUGGCGACGGCGAGCAUGCGCAAGGAGGCGCUGGAGCUGCUCCAGCAGUACGCGAUCGACUUGAAGGACUUCACUAAGGCCCGUGAACGCUACACCACCGUCAUAGAGGAGGAGCUCGUCCCACUUGCCCAGGAGGAGGACAACGCCGAUGUGCUUGCGGCUACGAGGACUGCGCAGGGCCAGGUGCGCGCGGCCUGGGAAGAGUACAUUGCUUCUGUGCAGCAGUACUUCAACCGUGUUGUCCAGUCCACCGCCCGUGACCUGCUGGAUCCUGGAAGCUCCAUCAUCACAGUCUCGUCUGUCACCUCCACCAACGAAACCCUGGCGAUGGCAAGUUCAAAGGAUCGCUCGGAGACAAGUUCAGGCCCUCUUGUCACUGCCACCGCGGUGGGCAGUGCCGAAUCUGGGCGGCUGUUGCUGAGCGCGAGUUCCGCGAACGUUCCCGCGGUGGGCAACAGCGGCGGGGUCGGCGGCGAUGCCGUGGCCCAGCUGAGCAGACGCGCUGAGCGCAUGAGCGACUUUUGCGCCUUAUGCGAGAAGUGGUACGUGAACAACGAGGUGCUGUUUGAACUACCGCAGCCGCAGGUGCUCGCUGCCCUUUCGGCGUCUGCCUUAGGAUCCGUGAGUCGCCUCUUCCGCCUGCUGGGCAUGCGAAUGGCGUACGUGUGCGCUGGAAACAGCCUCUUCUUGCGCAGCUUCAUCGAGGAUGGGGAGGCCGUGCGCUGGGCCGCCUUCUGCGGUGACCGUGGAUUAAACGCGGAGGUGGAUGCGCUGCUCUUACUCAUGGAACGCCUGAUGCAGCUCCACAUCAACGACCCAAAGGUCUACCCGCGGGUGCCGUUCGGCUGGCUCUAUCGACUAAGCUCCCUCGUGGAGCACCCGGACUCGGUUGCCAGCACCUCGCCAAAGCGGCGCAGCGUCGCCGUCCGCAUCGCUCUUCAGCUUCUCCGCCACCAACCGGACCAAGCAACAGCGGCGGGACUUCACAGUGUUCUACUGAACGCGUGCAUUGAGCCGAACGGCUGCGCCACCCCGGAUGAGGCGCAGCAGGUGGUGCAGACAUUCCUGAACCUCUUCGACGCCCCCAGCACACGCCAGUACCUCAACCCAACGGAUCUGCGCACCAUCUUUACGCCUUUCCUGUCCACCGCUGAGUCCGGAGGCACGGACCUCCUGACAAUGCAGAACAAGGCCAAGGAACUCAUCGUGACUGUCUUUUCUAGCUGUGUCGGGAGCUUGUGGAUCAGCUCCGAGGUGACGGAGCUACGCUCUAUCAUUGAUGUCCUGCACCUGCCGGGGUCGCUCGACACGAAGAUGGUCAUCAUCACCCUCUUCAACAAGCUGCUCACGCGCCUCGCUCCACAUCGCGGGAUCGUUCCCAUGGAUACUUGGAAGGGCUUCGAGGAGGAUCGCCUUCGCAAGGCCGCCCGGGAUGCUGAGGAGCAGGCCAUGAAGGCGAACGGCGGCGGCGGUGACGUGUGCAACGACACACAAUACCUGAACAACAACAGCUUCAUGUGCGACUUCACGCUGACCGACUCCACCGGCGACGCGGCGCUCUUCGAUGACUUUAUUCCAACGACCAAGGCUCUUGGCUACCACGUCAUGGACCCGUUGCUGGGCCGUGUUCUCGUCUGCCUUAACUACCACGGCCUUCCCUACGCCCUCACGCAGCUUAUGCAGAAUGUGAAGAAGAAUCGAGUCGUCACGGCAGCUGCCUCGAGCCUCUUGCAAGACAUCUUCGUGCUGAUGGACACGGUGCUGCCGCAGGUGAUCGUCUUCAAGCUGCACGAGGCCUUCAACAAAGCUGUUGGUCGCCUCGCCAACGAUGGCAGCCUGUUCGUAGGCGGCCUCACUUCGCAGCUCUUCCGGAGCUAUAAAAAGAACAGUGACAUCGGCGGCGGUGCUAGGAUGAUGCCGGCCAACACGGCGCAGAUGCCGAACACUGCCCUGAACACACCCGGGACGCUGGAUGUCGACGACCCGACCUUCGCCACGAUGCUGCGUGAUUGCAAGGUGGAUCGAAUGAAGGGGUGCCAGACGUGGAACUUUGACAUCUUAGUGACCCUCGUGCAGGGCCCACUGCACCUUCCACGGCGAUUUCGCGCUGCGCGAGAGCUGAUGGAGAGUCUCGUGCUCUUCUUUACACCGUCGUCACACCCCAGUACGCCCCAGAUUUGUUCCACCUUCAGCACACAGCCGCCGGACACGGUAUCCGCGCAGGUGUGCAUGGUGGGCGUGGAGCUGAUCGAUCUUAUACUGAGCUCUCGCGACGGUGCGGCGCUACUCGAGCGCAUGGGCUUCGUCGCGGCCGUGGCGGCGAUGCUGAAGGAGGUGCGAAUUGGCAAGCCCGUCGUACUGCGGCAUGCUGUGGUCAACACAUGCAUCGGGCGGUCGCUGCUACGGAUAACUGGUCGCCUGUCCGCGCAUGCUAAUGGCCUGCUGCUCAUGCGAGACCACGGCAUCUUCUCGCUCGUGGACAGCAUGUUCUCGAAGCUGAAAGGGCCCCGACUGGAGAGCCCGACCGAGGAGGACACCCUCCAGGAUGUGUGCUACCAGCUCCUGCAGUACUUGUACCUUGGCGCGGUGCCCAACUACGGUGUCUGCAAAGACAUCCGGCAAACCUUCCGCGCGGCGCUGAGCAACCCGAGCGACACGAUCCGCCUCUGCGCGGCGCAGCAGUUGAAGAAAGCCGUUUGGCGCGACUUGUCCACCUCCAUGAAGUGGGGCAUCGAAACGCUUCUGCAGGCGCUGCACGACGACUUCUUCAGUGUAAUCGAAAGUGCCUUCAAGUUGCUGCUGAGCAUCUGCCUCUGCUCCGACGAGGGGCUCGACUACUUGAUCGAGUGCUUUCCAACGGUGCUGAUGGAGAGCGAGAUGAUCCUCAGCCAUGCGAAGAAGCUGCGACUCAACGUGCUGCUCUACCGGAUCGCCAGUCGUCCGUCGGGCUUUCGCUUUCUUCAAUGCUACGGCUGGCUGGAGAAGGAGCUGCGCCGGUGGGAGGAGUCCGAGUCGGUGCAGUACACCAUUAUGCUAGAGCGUCUGCAGUCCUGCCACGACAGUGCUGUGGUUGCGAGGGGGCCGGGCGCCGCGGGGUGUGUGUUCAUGUCCCCCGGCAGCGAUCCGUCGUGCCGGCACACCCACUCCUACUCAGACACCCUUAGCGGCAUGUACGGCCGCAUGACGGGCAACGCGGCGUAUCUGCCGCUUCUAACCGCCGCGGACGCCGCCAGCACAAAGUUCUUCCCCGUGCACUUUGCCUCCGUCUUGUGUAGCUCGGUUGAGGGCUGCGCGAUGUUCAAGCAUAGUAAGCUGUGGACGCGCUCUGUGCAGCGUUUGCUGGAGCAGCCGCUGCCGCCGGAUAUCGUCUACGACGACUCCCUCAGCGACGAGGACGACUUCCUGUCGGAGAACAGCAGCGACGGCGAGUUUGGCUUGACGACCGACGCUGCGCGGUACAUGCGUCAGCAGCAGCAAGCCCAGCAGCGGCAGCAGCAGGUGCACCCGAGCACGAACACGGGCUACUACAGCGGCGGCGUAGGGGGCACGUCUGUUCCAGCCCUUGGCGCCAUCGCCAACUCUUCGAGUGUGCCGCGCUGCAGCGUUGCGGGCGACGGCCCGGUCAACUCCCUGAGUGUUGCCCGGAUGCGCGAUGGCCUGCGCGGCGGGCCAGGCACUUCCCUCGGCAACAACAACGUCGGGGGCGGCGUGAACGGCAACGCCGGCACGGCCACGGCGAACGGCAGUGGUGGCUUCUGUGGCUUCGGAGUUGCUGACCAGUCGAGCAUUGCCACCGCGAAGGAGAUCGAGACCCUCAAGAAGGGCUACCUCUCUGCACCGUCGUCGAAGAUUAUUUCCGCCUCACGCUUCUGCAAACCGUCCGCCCAGUCCUUCUCCCUGGACUGCGUGGGCGACAUCGUGGCCUUGAAGGACGCCAUUUUGUGCGUUGCGGAGGUCGGCUCGACGGAGGUGGGUUACGGCAUGCUGCUCUCCGUGCCUGGCCUGCAGCGGCGCUUCAUCGCUCUCUCUCGUUUCGCUUCCACGAUUUCUGUGCGCUGCAUGGGGCUUCUGGGGAGCGCGAUUCUGGCUCGCUCGCGGCGUGGCGGCGACGACCUCGUGAAGAAGGGGUACUCGGUACUGCUGAAGCCGAACGCGUACGUCAGCGCCGAGGGCAUCCCGUACUCGGUGUCCUUUGCCCAAAUGAAGCCGUCCAAGUGGGUCUCCAUCGCGUGCAUGGCGGCACCAAACAACACGACGGCCCGCCACGCUCACGCGGACUCCAUUACGCCCGCCAGCACUCAGGAGGUACCGCAGCGCAUCGUGGACAACUUGUACGCCUUGUCGAACCCGGUAAGCUGCGAAAACGCCAAGAGGAUGUUGUACAAGAUCAUGAAGCGGAGGCCGCAGCUUUUUCUCCAACCGCAGGUGCGCCGCCUCUGCCUGGAAAUUUCCUUCACCUACCGCAUGCACUACAAGGAGCGGCGCUUUCUCGCGGACUUGCUGGAGAGUGCGCAGCUGACCGCUGGCACCUCCACAGACCCAAGGCCACCGCGGAUGCAAGCCCUCGGGUCCUCUUCCUAG